AUGGAUCCCUCGCCAAAAUCGCUGCGAGACUCCUUGCGUCAAGCGCUCCAUCGCAGAGAAGCCAAGUCCUCCCGUCGGCGCCUGACUGUGCUCCCGCAAUCGUCAGUGGACUUUUCGUCCAACGACUUCCUAUCGCUCUCGACCUCGACAAUUUUCCGAGAACGCUUUCUCGAGCUCCUCCAUCAGGCGCCCCCGCUGUACCCCUUCGCCAGCGGCGGGUCGCGUCUCCUGGAUGGCAACUCAACCUACGCAGAGGACCUGGAGCGAUCCAUUGCCGACUUCCACGGCGCCCCUAGCGGCCUCCUGUUCAAUUCCGGCUUCGAUGCCAACGUCGGUGUCUUCUCCUGCAUCCCGCAGCCGGGGGACCUGAUUGUGUUCGAUGAGCUCAUCCACGCGAGUGCGCGCGAGGGCAUGCGGCUGUCGAGGGCCGGCAAACGCACCCCAUUCUCGCAUAGCUGCCCCCGGAGUCUGGAAGAGGUACUGCGGGCGCAAAUUGCAGAAAAUCCAUUGAUCCAGGAUGGCUCGCGGAACGUGUUCAUCGCCAUUGAGUCCAUCUACAGCAUGGAUGGGGAUAUUGCGCCCAUCGAGGACUUUGUCGGGGUGGUGGAUCGGCUGCUUCCCCAGCGCAAUGGCUACUUCAUCGUGGACGAAGCUCACGCCACGGGGGUGUUUGGGCCUCGGGGCGCGGGGAUAGUCCAGGCACUCGGGCUGGAGAAGCGGAUGUUUAUCCGCGUCCACACGUUCGGCAAAGCGCUGGCGAGUCACGGAGCGAUCGUGCUGUGCUGCCCUGACACGAGAGACUACCUCGUCAACUACGCCCGCAGUCUGAUCUAUACGACCGCCAUGGGCUUCCCCUUCCUGGCCUCCAUCCGCGCAGCCUACGAGCUCCUAUCGGAGGGAGAAACCGAGCAGCACCAGCACAAGCUCCAGCAGCUCAUCGUCUAUCUCCGUGACCGCCUCGCGGAGAUCGAUGCCCUAGACCCCGCACUCUUCCAGGUCGAUCACUUCCCGACUUCUCCCAUCUUCUCCGUGCGUAGCCGAUACCCACGCCAAUUGGCCGCGGCUUGCCAGGGGAAAGGGUUCGUUGUCCGUGCUAUCAUGGCCCCGACCGUUCCUGCAGGCAAGGAACGGGUCAGGCUGUGUCUACAUGCUGGCAAUACCUCGGAGGAGAUCGAUGGGUUGAUUGAUACGUUCAAGCUCUGGCUGAGUCAAAAUUCAGACAAGAGGGCCGCCAGGUUAUAA